AAUUAUAUUAACAUAUACAUAAACUUUUUAAACUGUCAUUUUAAGAUAACAAAUAUCUCUCAGAGCUGCAUAAUUACGACUAGUUUAUACAAAUUUAUCCACAUCACUCGGUAGCCACUUCCGUAUCACAGACCAUUUUCCUGGUUUGGCUGUAUCAGAUUUGUCUCACUUACUAUUCAUACAAGGUAAAAUACCACAGAAACAGAGUAGUGCCUUCCAGAUCUCAGAAUGGCUACAAACGAAUCAAGAGUUUCCUCAGACACAGUAGACAACCAGAAAGAUGGAAGUACAACCCUGACACACACUAGCCUUACUGGAACAGUGGCAGGGGUCCCAGUGGACUUCAACACUGGCAAAGACACCCCGAAAGCAACGGAAGAAUCAGCAGCGACAAAGGAGGAUGGAGUUAAAGCGUGCCAGUUUUUCUUAAUGGGAAAGUGUCGCUUUGGCCCCAAAUGCCGUUUUUCUCACAAUGACCCAUCACUAGAUGAUUCAGGGGAUGUAUCCUCUGAUGUGGAUGACAAACAGGAUGGAAAAAAGAUGGAAAAGCAGAAGAAGAAAAAAAGCAGCCCAAACAAAGCGGCAAAGCUAAAACAUGAAGACGAAAAAGGUGUGGACAAAAAGCCCCGGAUGCGCACGGCAGAUGAUGUGAUCUCUCGUAUCCUGUGGGACUCAUCAGUGGAUGCAUCAGAAUUUGUCGUGGGCUAUGUGGAUCGCUUCCUCGGUGUGCUGGAGCGCCCCUUCUGUGACUUUAGUUGGGACACCAACCCCUGUGACUGUGAUUACUCUGCUGAGUUAGCCCUGCCCAGACACAGGAUACAGUACUUCACCUACAGAGGACACCGUGUCUGGGACCGCCACACCAGGACUGACAGGGUUUUUGGCUCCACUGGUCAAUCUCUGGCUCCCCCCUUUGGAGGGGAGGAGGAAGUAAAUGAAAAUAGCACACAAGACCAGGAGAAACAACCGGACAGCCGUGAAACAGCAGAGGAUCAGCCAGCUGCUGUCAGUGGGCAGCAUGAGGGUGAAACAGAGGACUUCACUCAUAACAAGAAUUCACAUCUGGAAGAAGACAAUGAGAUGAUUCACACCGAAGACUCCACACAUUCAGUCGCAGAGUGUGAAGGAAACACUUCUCAGACAUCUCUAGGAGCACGUGUUGCGGAGGAGGCUGCAAAUAGGCUUCAGACUUCAACAGAGCAAACGUUGUCAUUUCAAAAAGAGGAAUCAGCUGUAAAGGAGAACGAUGAGGAGGAAAAUUUAGAAGAAUGGGAAGAGAGCUGGGAAGGCAACGAAGACACUCAGAGCUAUCUUGGAGCCCAACAGCUGACCCAGAAUCCAUCGGCAUCUCUGAAGCAGGAAGAAGGGAAGCGUGGUGGACGCCCUCCUAAAAAGCGACCCACACAUUUCAUUACCUUCAGGGCCAAUACUCCUGCCAUCCUUUCCUGUUUCCAGCAGCUGCAGGAGGAGCUCACCACCCUUCUACCCUCCUCUGCUCCUCACUGGCAGCCUGCCUCCAAGCUUCACAUCACCCUAUGCCUCCUGGUGCUGCCCAGCCCAGCCGAGGUGGCAGCUGCAAGGGAGAUCCUCCGCCAGUUCGCCCAUUUGGAUCGCAACCCGCCUGUGGUGGUGACCUUUCCUGUGAAACUGAAGCAUUUCAAUGGAAGGGUGCUGUACUUGGGCCCCCAGCCUCAGCUUCACCUCCAGCAGCUUAAUAGUGGUCUGCAGGAGGCCUACAGGAAAGAGGGCUGGCUCCAUAGGAGCUCCUACAACCCACGGUACCACCUCACUCUGGCCAAGGUAGUUGACACUGAGGGGGAGAGGAUCUUUGGAGGGGUGGGGUACCUGAAAGUGGGGAAAGGUUUGAAUUUUGGGCGACUGCCAGUUAAUACUUUACACCUUUGUGCCAUGAGCAGCACCAGAGUAGAUGGCUUUUACGAUACCGUCUGUACAGUAAGUCUCCGAUGAUGGAGCAUGUUAUGUCACAUGCAAACACUACACAGUACAGUACAUGUGCAUAUGUAUGUUAGUACUUAUAGUACAUAUAUUGUACUGUAUGUUAUAUAACACAUUUCUACGUGCAAUAGGCUGUGGUGCCUUAUCUAUUAAAUGCUAUCUAUGUUUUAAUUAUUUAAGUUAUUAAGUUUUGUCGUACGAAAAUGCCUCUUUUAAAGGAUUGGGAUUUUUUUUGUACGAAAAACUUGACGCAGGUUCGUUUAUUAAUUACGGUACAAAGUAAAUAUUUUUUUAAUUCAAAAGAAUGUAAUGAUCUCUUAUAAAUCAGAAUUUGUUUAGAUUUUCCAAUUUAAUAUACUUUAAUAAUAAUAAUAAUAAUAAUAAUAAUAAUAACAAAUCUUUAUUUGUAUAGCACUUUUAAAAAACAAGGUUUACAAAGUG